AUGCAUGGUCGACUUAUGAGAACAGACAGGCCACAUCGCCUCCAUGUUCAAGAGGAAACAUCGACGCCACCAGCUUACGUGGCAGGUUUCAAACCUUUUAACGCCCGAGGAGCAGCACAAGCUGAAGAUAAGGACUCUCAAAUUUCAUCUCGACUAUGUUCUAAGGGGAAACAAUCCCCCGUCGGAUAUCCGGAAAUCCAGAGCUGUGAGGGAGCCGUCGCAUUCGACUCUGACCACCGUCAAUUUUUUCUCAACCUCAAGAUACGGUUCCACAAGAGAAACGGGGGGAUUUCCUCGUCAACCGACUUUAAAAUCGACAUGGCAGGUCUGAACGACGAAGCAUGCUGA